AUGGAGAUCAAGGUAGAAGAGAAAGAGCCAAUUACCUCCAAUGACGGCAACAGCAGCUCCUCCGACUCCGAUUCAGAACACCAUCCCCUCCUCGAAACUCGAGAGCCCUGCAACGAGGGAACCAAGAAUCUGGUGCAGAGAGCCAUCACACAGACAUUCCAGAGCACUGCUCACUUAGCCAACCUCCUCCCAACGGGGACGGUCCUCGCGUUCCAGCUGCUCUCCCCCAUAUUCUCCAACCAAGGCAGCUGCGAUCCAGCCACAAGGUCCAUGACAGCAGGGCUCGUGGGGCUCUGCGGGUUGUCGUGCAUUUUGUCGAGCUUCACGGAUAGCUUCAAGGACAAGGAUGGGAAUGUCUGCUACGGGUUUGCCACGGUGAACGGUUUGUGGGUUAUCGAUGGAUCGUCGAGCCUUUCUCCUGAAGCUGCGGCGAGGUAUAGGCUCAAGGGCAUGGAUUUCGUGCACGGGGUGUUGUCGUUGCUCGUGUUCGCUGCGAUUGCUCUGUUCGAUGAGAAUGUGGUGAGCUGCUUUUACCCGGAGCCGUCGAAGGAGUGCCGGGAGGUGCUCACUGCUCUCCCCGUUGGGUUUGGGGCGGUCUGCACUUGUAUGCCUAUAAAGAGGUGUUACCAUGGCCCAGAGACUGCACCAAUCUCAUUAGUUCUCACUUACGAGGGGCAUAUACGAAGGGAAGAGCACUCAACCUCAAAAAUGACAAUCAACUUCCCCUCUUUCGACCAUGAAUCUGCUCCAGAGGCACUGCAGAAAACCUUACUACACAAAGUCAUAAACAAGACAUGUAAGACAACACACGACCUGGCGAGGCACUUACCAACGGGGACAGUUCUGGCAUUCCAACUCCUGUCACCCAUCGUCACUAGAGAAGGUAACUGCGACUCCACUGGACUGUACUUCACCGCCACCCUUGUAGCAGUCUGUGCGCUGUCGUGUUUUCUUUUGUGCUUUACUGACAGCUUCAGGGACAAGAGUGGGAAGGUUUGUCAUGGUAUCGUCACCUUCCGGGGCAUACGGGUCAUUGACACUUCUGCAGACAUCCCACCGGGAUUCGCGGAGAGGUACAGAAUGCGGUUGACGGAUUUUGUGCAUGGUUUCCUUUCCGUGCUUGUGUUUGCGGUGGUUGUGCUAUUUGAUAAGAACAUGGUAAAGUGCUUCUGCCCAGCACCCUCAGAUCAAAUCCAGAAGCUUCUCACGGCAUUGCCAAUUGGAAUUAGUGGGAUCUGCAGCUCUUUGUUUGCAGUUUUCCCCACCAAACGCCAUGGGAUUGGAUAUCCCCUCUCUAAUAUGUGA